AUGCCGUCGUGCAACCUCUUCUUCCGCCAGCUCCUCAAGCACCCCAAGAACCUCGCCGCACCGGCGACCCAGCUCCUCGGCCUCCCCGACGCCGCCAGCCCCGACUUCGAGACGGCCCUGCGCAACUAUGGCGUCGGCGUCAACGCAGAGUGCUACAUCCCGCGCGCGAGCUUUGUCGGCGGCCAGGAUGGCUACCUCGGCAACAUCGCCAACCUCAUCCUCUGCGGUCUCGCCGUCCUCGUCGGUCUCGGCCUCGCAGCAGCCGCCCUCCGCCGCACGGCCGCCGUCGGCCGCGUCGAGUACACGGUCCUCUUCGUCAUGUACGCGCUCGUCCAGGGCGCCCAGCUCGCCGACAACUCGGCCCUCUUGAGGGCAGGCAGCCUCGCGUUGACCUGGGUCACGGCGGUGCACGUCGGCCUCCUCGUCGGCCUCUUCUGGGUCCUCCUGUGGUGCUCGUUCCUGUCGCUCCAGAUUGUCGAGGACGGCACCCUCCUGUCGCUCAUCCCCAUGUUCGCCAUCGGCACCGUCCUCACCGUCGGCUCGGGCUACAUCGGGGCCGACAUCGGCCUCACUAUCACCGACUACUUCCAGUCGUCGCCGGCCGAGAACCUCUACUCGGCGUGGCUCUUCUCGCUCACGAUCGUCUUCCCCGGCGCCGCCGCCCUCAUCUACUUCCUCAUCCAGUCGGGCGUCGUCGUUCGCGUCCUCAAGGAGAAGAAGCCGCUCUUCACCCUCCUCGCGGCCGCGUUCGCGUUCGCGCUCGGCCAGGCGGCGCAGCUCGCGCUCAGCCACCGCAUCUGCACCGGCACCAACGCCAAGAUUGACGGCUCGUGGAUCGGCACCCUCCUCGAGACAGUCACGAUCGGCUUGAUCUACGCCGCGUGGCAGAUGGUGACCGAGGACGAGUGGGACAACUACACGAUCGGCGCCGGCUCGACGACGUACUGAGCGCGCGCACGACUUUCCCUCCCCUCCCCUCAGCUUAGGCUCCCGCACCUCCCUUAGCCCCUCUCGACGCGCCUCGGCCGUGCCGCAUACCCGCACUUAAUCUCGCGCACGGCCGCCUCGCGCGUCCCGCCUUCUCUCUCCCUCGCCCCCUUCGCUUUUCGCACCCUGUUCCCCCCACCACCCUCGCCCUCUCUCGUUCACAACCCACCCCAUCAUCCAUUGUUCUAUACGCCCCUCCCUCUCUCCCUCUCUCUCGCCCUCUCUCGUCCUCGACAUCCCUGUCUGUGCUAGUCCUCCCUCCCUCUCAUUUUUUCUCCCUCUCGAAGCGCGCUCGUCGUCCAGCAGCAACGCAGCUCCUUUUUUCUCUCUC